CUCCCCUGUAUCUUCCUCUCUACUUUUAUCUACUUUAAACUAACCACAUAGAACCUAAAUGCUAAAUGCUAAAUGCUUUGCGUCUCUUCUCCUUUCACAUUUUGAAAUAUUUUGAAUCGAGUGUGUUACAUUGAAAAUAGCUUGUAAAGGAAAAGGGGAAGGGAAGUGAGGGAAGGGAGAGGUGAAGAUUUAGCACAGGAUAUGGGUGUUGUUCGUCUGAGGCUGGCGAGGUUUGGAUGUGCUAAUCGGCCCUUCUAUCGCGUGGUGGCCGCUGACAGCAGGGCUAAACGCGAUGGAAAACAUCUUGAGAUUUUGGGCUAUUACAAUCCUCUCCCAGUGAAGGACGGAGGGAAGCGCAUGGGUAUUAAUUUUGAAAGAACCAAGCAUCAAAUGGAGAUCUCUUCAAGGAAAAUCAAGCCGGAUCCAGGACGGUCUUCGCCAGGACGGUCUUCGCCAGGACGAUCAAGUAAGGACAUGGGCAACCUCUUUCAAUCCAACGUUCCAAGGUACUGGCUGUCAGUUGGUGCUCAACCUUCAGAUCCAGUUCAAUGCCUUCUUUUCAGAGCAGGACUAUUGCCACCCCCUCCAAUGUUAGUAAUGCGGCGGAAAGGUGGCCCUCGUGAUGAACGCCCAGUUGAUCCUUUGACAGGCCGUCCAAUAGUCCCUGAGGAAGAUAUAAAGCAGAUUUCUGAUAUAAAGGAUGACACUACCAUUUCAGAAGAGCUUUAAAUGUUGCUAUAGUUUUAGCUGAUUUUAUGAAAUUGCUGUUGACAUAGAAAUUGUUAGUUUAUUGUCCAUGUAAACUGAAAAAUUGGUCCACCCAGUAUUUGUUUAUCCAGUUUGCAUAUGGUUAGUAGACUACCAUAGCGAAGGCCGGGCUAUAUAUACUGUUUCAAAGUGGGUGGCUAGCGAAUCAGCAAAAUGUGUAAAUUAUGAAUAUGCUGAGGAUGGGAAAUUUUGUUUUCCCUGGUAGGUAAUGAUGCAUAAGAAAAUAAUUUUGUCAAAUUACAGGCUAAUUAUGGAUCUUUAUAGGUGAGGAGUUUGUAAUUUGAAGUAUAUUUUAUUUGGUUGGCUAGCCUAUAAAUGGCUGUUCAAUAAUUCUACAUUUAAUAGUCGAAAUUUCUGUUUACGCAGAAUUUACUGACACUAAAAUUUCCUUGCCAAGACAAAACUAAUGAGCUUUUAGCACAAGAUUGUAAGAAACCUUUUAAA